UGCUCACAGCUGCCUCUUUGGUACCUCCUUCCACACUGGAGUUCGGUAGCCCUUGAGGCUCGGACGGGCCACCUGCUACGACCCUCCAACCUGCUCAGGCAGAAGCUGUCCAGGGACAAAGAAGAGCACAGUCCUACCUCUUCGUGCCUUUUGUUCUAUUUUUGCAGGUCAUUUAUCUCCAGGCUUUGAGAUCUGCGUGGGGAGCUGUCUCCGCAGCCCAAGCAGCAGGAAGAACCAAGACAGCAUGGCGUGGCAGGGGCUGGUGCUGGCUGCUUGCCUCCUUGCGCUCCCCUGCGCCACGGCGGACUGCCUGUCCCGCUGCUCCCUGUGUGCCGUGAAGACCCAGGAUGGGCCCAAACCCAUCAACCCCCUGAUUUGCUCCCUGGAAUGCCAGGCUGCGCUGCUGCCCACCAAAGAGUGGGAGAGGUGCCAGGACCUUCUGUCCUUCUUCACCCCCUUCCCUCUUGGGCUCGGUGGUAAGGAAGACGAGGAGAGCAAGGCAGCUUUGGAAGAGGCCUAUGGUGAGCUGGCCAAGCACAGGGGGCCCUACCUGGAAGAGCUGGAGAAGAACCGAUUCCUCCUCCGCACUCCCGCAGAGCAGGAUGCUCUGAGCAGGAGCCUGGCAGACAAGCUCAGGGGUCUCUCUGGCGUGUUGGAGGAGGGGUGGGAGUCGGAGCUGAUGGGGGACACCCAGCUGAAUGAUGGCACCUUGGAAGCUGGCGCACUUCAUUCUGAUGAGGAGGACCCCAAGGAGCAGGUCAAACGCUAUGGGGGCUUCUUGCGCAAAUACCCCAAGAGGAGCUCUGAGGUGGUUGGGGAGGGGGCGGGGGAGGGGGAUAGGGUGGGCCACGAGGACCUCUACAAACGCUACGGGGGCUUCCUGCGGCGCAUACGUCCCAAGCUCAAGUGGGACAACCAGAAGCGCUACGGAGGUUUUCUCCGGCGCCAGUUCAAGGUGGUAACUCGGUCUCAGGAGGACCCCGGUGCCUACUCCAGAGAGCUUUUUGAUGCUUAAACACCUGCCCCCUGUGGAGGUGAGUCAGGAGCCCCCCCAGUCUGCAGUGCACUCCUUAUGUUCCCCACCCCCACGCUCACAGCGCACCCCGGCCCAGCCUGCCUCUCUUCUGCCCGGAGUGCCGUGCUUGUCGGGGUCAGCGAGCCCGGGGGCGGAGGUUCCCCCUUCAGUGGGCUUCGUGCUUGGCUCAGACCCUAGGCCUCUAAAGCCACUGCUCUUCCUGUCAAUGCCUCCACCCCAUUCACGAGACUCCCCAGGUCCGGAAAUCCAUGCUGAUUUCUUCAUGUCUCUACACCCUUCGUUUCCAUGCUUUGCUGGCCACCUGCUCCUCUCAGAAGAAAUACAAGCAUAACUCCCAUGCAGAUAUAGUUAUUUAAAUAAUAUAUACGUAUCAUAAAACAUAGAAAAGGUAUAAAUGUGAAAUAAGAGAAAUAAACGAUAGACACCCUAAUAUUUCACUCCCAAGGCUCAAAGGAUCCCCUGUGCACCCCACUUAGAAGACUGUGCUUUAGGCGAAAAGCCCAAACCCAGCCUUUGAUUGGAGCAGGAGUUUCUGCACUAGAAAGUUCAGUCUUCUAGUAGAUUAAAUGUUGGUGCGUUUUGAGUGUCCAUGGUUUAGAAACACUUCUCGAAGAACCGAGUUUCUGGACCUCAGCCCGUGUGGGGACCCUGGACAGCGCCCACGCCUCACGGGAGAGGAAAGGCAUGACAGCCAUUCCCUAAAUGGUCGUGGAGAGCAGCCCUGCCUCUGAAUGCAGAAACGACCAAGGAGGGAGCAGGGCAAACCUGUUUGUUCUGUGCAGCAAACUCAGAAUGUGGACCAGCUCCCUCGGCCCUCAUCAAACUAAUUAAACUGAGCAGCGUCACAUUCCCGCCCCAGGACGAACUGGCGCUGCGCGGAGCUGAUGAGGUUAAGCGCAGCCACGUUCGUUCUUGAGCAGCUGAGUCUGCCGCCAGGAUUCCAUGCCAUCUGGCCAGACAUACGCAGUGGGAACCGAGGAAGGGAACGAGGAGCAACAGUGAGAGUGAAAGGC